CUGAAAGAGCUGCCACCCCUAGAGCCGAUCGACGUUGGUGUUGUCGACAACUGGGUCUUCUUUAUUCGAGGUUGGCUCGUGGCUGCGAUGCUCCGAAGUGACAGCGCGUUAUGGGCCGACGUCAAGCAAGUGCUCGCCGGCGUUCACUGUUUUCUCUCGCUUCCCUUCAUCUACCCACUCUACAUCUACGAGUUUGUGUCGCUGUCAGGCACCGCCCAAGUGUUGUUCGUUGCAGUGCUGCCUAUCAUGAAGCUUAUCGCCAAAAACUGGAUGAACUUCACCUUAACUGGUCAAGACGAGGCCAAGCCCGAAAUGAUCGUCUUCGUGGUGGAAUUCUUCAACUCGCUGUAUAUUUCCAACGCGCUGCAAAGCACCUCGUCUUGGAUGUCAACCGCCACCGUCAUGGCAUCCGACCUUGGGGGUUUCUGUCUGUCCAUGGUGGAAAUCGUGGAGGUUUUCAUCGGUAUCACAAAGCUGAUGGAGAAGAUUCCACAACAUCAUCCACUCGCAAAGGAAAACUUUGUUCAAGUUUUGUUGAGGAUCCUUGCAGCAAAUGAGGCGAAUAAAGACCGACAAGAUACCCAGAAGACGGAUAGUAAACACAGCUCAAAGAAGACCAACCUUUCGAGAGACCCUUCCCCUGCAACCAUUCACCCCGACACGGAAACAACCCAUGAAAUGAUUGUUUACUCGGAAGUGCCGAAGCGUAAAUUGUUUCAAGGGUCUCAAGUCGUACCAGCAAGUAUCCCCCAGAACCAACUCGAAAAAGGUCAAAUAACGAAGAGCACCACGGCAACAGCCUUGGCUGACAUGAAUAUUGAGACCAUUUUCUCGCGUAAGGAGCGAGACCUGUUCAUUCGAAAGAGUCUGCACGUACUCUUCAUCACGGAAUACGUCGUGCUGUUUGAGUACAUCGAAGUGAUGUCGCCAAUUGUGCACAGUCUAUUUCGCGUGGUACUGUUUCACUUGCCAAACCGAAUCUACUUCUCGACAAUGCAGGGGCUUACAAGCUCGGAGCUAGCGUCGUCCACACUCACGGUACUCGCCUACAGCUCGCUCGAGUUUAUAUCGUUUGUGAUAGCGGUUGCCGUGAUGAAGCGUACGCUGGGUUUCAAUCCCUUGAGACAGCUCGCAUUUGUACUUGAUACACAGGCGUGCAGAAUACAGAUAAAGCUUAUCGUGAUACUUCUCUACGUGACACAGAUGCCGCUAGCUCAUCUCGGAGCUGACUUUAGUUUCAAGUUCGCGUGGAUACCUGGUUAUCAAACGACGAGUUCAUGA